AUGUUUAUGAAUUGUUAGCUUUCUAAAUGCUAUUAUAAACAAUAUCAAUACUUCAAAGCAAAGUAAAAGUUUGAAAUUGCUUAACAUGUAUUAAGUAAUUAGGUAAAAUAAAAAUAAUUGAAAAUAUUAGAAAUUGCUUCUCAGCAUUUUAAAAGUAAUUCUAUUCCAAAAUAAUAUCCUUUAGAUGAAAUUGAGCAAGAUAAACCAUGUAUCAAUUAAUUAAAUGAAAAAAAUUUGCAUUCGUCAGAAUCAUAUCAUAAGUUUAUUUAGAAUGUUCAGUUGACUUAAUAAAAAACAGGCAAUUAAACAAAAUAUUUUAAUUUAGAUUUAUCAGGUUCUUUAAAUAAUUAAAGUGCAAAUAAUCAUGAAUUAUUAAAUUAUAAGUCAGAAUUGUAUGAUUAAAAUAGUUUAGAAGCUUCUUAAAAGAUGCUGUUGAGUAAAAAAAUAUAAAAUUAAGAAAGCUAACUGAGCUUUUUCUAAUAAACAAAAAUUAAAAGACAUUAAUUAAUAAAUCCUUAAAAUGAAUAGACUCAAUUAUUCAAUAGUAGUAAUAAAUUUGAUCUUUAAAACAAUACUUAACAGAAUAAUAAUAAUAAUAAUGAUAAAAGCGAAACAAAUAUGAGAAUUCUUUAUCAAAACUUCAAUUCGUAUCUUUAGUAUAGUCUAUCAGAAUAUUUUAUUUACAAAAAAAAAUACAGAAAAGCUGCUGAAAUUCUUACGGAAUUAUUUGAGAAUAGUUAAACAAUUACUUCUAACAUUCCUUUCAGAAUAGUUUUUAACCUCAAAUAAAUAUUUGAUGCUUUUAAAAUUGAAGAUACUAUACUAUAAACUUAAAAUGAUAUAUUUGAUAAAAUAAAUACUCUAAAUUCAAACAGUAGUUUAUUAAAAAGCCACGAAAGCUAAUUAUGUAAACAAGAUAAAUAGAACAAUUGUGAGACAUAGUCUUUUAAUUAUUAAUAGCAAUCAAAUAAUGUCUUCUAGCAUUUUAAUUAAAUGAUAUAAGAAGAAGAAGAUCACUUGAAUAAAAAUUUAAAUUAACAAAAUAAAUCUAUUUAAAAUUUUAUCAACAAUCAAACAACUUGCAAUUAAAUUAAUUUGAAUUUAAAAGGGUAAAUGAAUUAUUCAAAUUUUCAGCCAAUUAGAUAAACUCAAGACUAAAAAUAAAAUUGUGUUUAGAAUAGCGAAAAAAGCAGUGUUGAUGACUAACUAAAUGAUUAUUAUUUUUAAUUUAUUAAAAACCAGAGUAAAAUAUAAUAAAAAACAUCUAUUACCAAACUUGAAUAAUCAAAUUUUUUUUUUUUUGAUUUUAUUGCAAAAGCUUUGGAUUAGCUUAUUUCUUAUAAAUAUAUAUACACAAUUGCAGAAAAUAACUACAAUUAAAUACAUAAUCCAUCUAAAUCAAAUUUCUAAGUCUAUAAAUAGUAUAUGAGCGAAUAGCUAGGUGGUCUUGAAUAGGAAAAACCAUUAAAAUUCAUAAUUUAUUAAACAGAUUAAAUAAAUUUUAUAAAAGACUCUUUAUUUUUGAACAUGUGUAAUGUUUUAGUGGAGUUAAAUAUUUAAAUUAUCAUAUUUCAAGCUUAAUUACAUGAUACUUUUAGUUAGUCUUAUAAUCACAAAAAUAAAGAAGUAAUUAAAAUUUUUAAAAGUUAUAAUGAAAUUGUUCAGUAUUUAAUCUUCAAAAGAAAUAGCUUCUCAAAAUUCACACAGUUCUCAUAUGUAUAAUACUAUUGA